GUCAUCAGCACCAUCUACCAUCACGGCUUCCGUACGUCUUCAAACGCAGACCAAAUUACUCACCCUACGUUGAUAUCGAACAGGAUGGGGCCUCCGUAUCAAACUGACUAUCUCUACUUUCGACAUGAUGCUGCGCAGUUCAUCGCCUUGAAUAGGCCCCAGUGGACAAGAGAGCAAAUCAACCAUACCGUUUCUACAUUAUGGGCAGGAAGCCAGACAGUCAAAGAUCACUACCAGAACAGCAAGACUUCCAAUCCGGGUCCUGGUCUUCCGGUCCCAACCCCAAUCCCGGUGGACCAGUACAGUAAAAAUGAUGUAGAAAUCGCGAAAGCAACUGGGCAGUUAGCUGGGUUUGCGGGUUCAAUUAUUGGGAUCCACGUCGAUGAAUUGCCAUAUUCAUUCUGGCCACCACUUCCGUAUGACGACGCGCCUGAGCUAGCCGCUUUCAAUACAGCAACUCUGGAGAAUCUUGACGUAGAUACAGGGCUUAGCGACGAACAAAAGAAGGCUAGAGAUGAACGGAGAGCCUCAUGGUUACAUACGAAGCCAAACAUGUCACGAGAUGGAGACGAGACACGGUGGCAUGGAGCCAAAUUCAUCGGCGCUGGUGGCUAUGGUUGUGUAGGACUGUGGGUAGAGAGAGACGACCGAAACAAUGUCGUGGAUCGCAUGGCGGUAAAGGAAACCCGCAACCACUCGGCACGCCAUUGGCGCGACCCUAAGAACUGGCGAGGACGACUGCCGCAAGAAGUUCAAAUCCAUCGGCUUGUGGAGGAACGUCGCGCCGUGGACAGCGAUAAGUUCCGGCACCUGAUCCGUUACCGGGGUCAUCGAUUGCUGAUGAGCAAGAGGAAAUACAGGAUAUACCUAGACUUUUGCUCGGGCAGCGAUCUGAAAUGUGCGAUGGUGGGCCAUAGCAAUACCUGGGCCUUCAAAUUUGGGGAGGGCCUCGGACUCCCAUUCUUGCCUGAAGCAUUCAUAUGGUCCGUCGUGAAGGCACUAGCAACUGCUUGCUUAGUCUUGCAAAAUGGAACCAUCGCACUUGAGCCUGUUCGAGAUUGGAAGCCGAUCACGCAUCUCGAUAUCCAACUAGCAAAUGUUUUGUUACAUUGUAAGAAACGGAGGGCGAGCUCAAUUGGUGGAGAUCUGCCGACAGCAAAGGAAGCAAAGACAUCGCAGGAGAAGAGGGAAAGAGAGAGGGAUGGACAGGUUCAAGAGGAUGCAGACUUACCAGUAGUACCCAUCCUUUCCGAUUUUGGCUUGUCCUUUUAUAGUCCGACUCAAGGGAAUUGCCCUCUUCCGGACAACCCCGAGGACUACCUCUUAGAGCAAGACCAUGCGCGUUAUCCUCCCGAACACCAACACCAAGUUACACCAUUUGUGCCAUUGAGUGAGAAAACAGACGUGUGGGGCAUAGGACACGUCAUAUGGAAAUUGAUCGUUCAUUCGUCUGACAGUAUGGGACCAUUUCGAGAGGACAUGGAGCCGGGGUUGGACGAAGACGAAGGAGAGGACCGGGAUCCAGUGGAACUUGAACAACAGGAAACAAAUCAACAACAACAACAUCAGCAUGAUUUAGAGACAUCCGAAGAACGAAAACCACAAUGUCCACACUGCGCUGCACAAAGUGAACGGCAGAUGCGGAAUGCACGAAACGGGCGAGUAGAACCGAUUCCACUUACGGCGCUAUCUUACAAGGGUUGUGUAUUGAAUCAGCAGCCGAACACAGCUGACACGGUACUGAAUGGGAGCUGGUUUCCUGCCUCCAACAAUUACACGGAUGUACUGAAGGACAUGGUGCGGCGAUGCCUGAGCUGGAAAGUAGACGACAGGCCUACUCUUCGGGAUCUCCUCACGAAGGCCAAUGUGGCUCUGGAUGAGGUUCCCUAUCAAGGUCAAGACCUCGGCCUGCAUGUACCGAACGAUACUGAGCUUCUACCUGAGCAACUAUCCGCCACGUAAAGAGGAACGAAGUCGAUAGACGACGGUGGCCCGAGAUGACUCACUCGCCAGUAAUUCUAGUUGGCACCGACUGCGUCAUCCGAAGAUCUAAGGUUCAAGCUUUGUAUCUGUGGUGGAAGAGUGGUUACAAUACAAUACCCCUACAACU